CAGCACAACUUCCACUUUCUCAGAGAGAGAGAGAGAGAGAGAGAGAGAGAGAGAGAGAGAGAGAGAUGGAAUGGAAGAAAUGUUAUUUAGAUGUUAUACUUGUCCCAAUGGGGGUUCUGAUAUGCAUGGGGUAUCAUCUAUGGCUAUGGCAUAAGGUUCGAACACAGCCAUUCUCAACCAUCAUUGGAACUAAUGCCAGUGGCCGUCGAUUCUGGGUUUCAGCUAUAAUGAAGGACAAUGAUAAGAAAAACAUUUUGGCUGUUCAGACACUGCGAAACACGAUCAUGGGAUCGACGCUCAUGGCCACCACGUCGAUCCUUCUCAGUUCAGGAUUGGCAGCAGUAAUAAGUAGUACUUACAGCAUCAAGAAGCCCCUCAAUGACACCGUCUAUGGGGCGCAUGGAGAAUUCAUGGUGGCGCUAAAAUACGUUACUCUCCUCCUCGUUUUCCUUUUCUCUUUCCUAUGUUACUCUCUCUCGAUCCGGUUCAUAAGCCAGGUGAAUUUCCUCAUCAACUGCCCUCAGGAUAACUCCUCCGUCGUCAAUCCAGGGUAUGUAUCGGAGCUUCUCGAGAAAGGAUUUGUACUCAACACAGUUGGAAAUAGAUUGUUCUACGUUGCACUGCCUCUUAUGCUGUGGAUCUUUGGACCUGUUCUGGUUUUCUUAUGUUCUAUAACAUUGGUGCCUGUCCUUUACAAUCUUGACUUUGUUUUUGCUAGUGAAAAACUAAAGAUGGGAUCUGAGAAUGCAAAUGAUAAUGGCUUUGCAUCAGUGUAAAAGAUAAUACUGCUGUCAUAUUCACAAUUUAAUUCCUAUUAAUUUAAUGCUAUCAAGUGCUUAUUUA